GGAGAGCUUUCGACACCUCGAGCACUAAAUACCGGCGUCCCUCAAGGUUCCAUUCUUUCCCCCACUCUCUUUAAUAUUGCCCUACUUCACCUACCUGCCCAGCUCAGUUCUAUAUCACACCUGCAACACAACAUUUAUGCAGAUGACAUUACAAUCUGGUGUUGUAAAGGAUCCCUUGGACAACAGGAACACACGAUCCAGUCAGGUCUGAAUGUCAUUCAGAACCACCUGAGCAGUAUUGGCCUCAAAUGCUCUCCCACCAAAUCUGAAUUCAUUGUAGUUACCAAUCAAACAGGUCGUAAAGCAGAAGAGCAACGCGACAGCAUCAAGCUCCACAUUGACCACGCCCCUAUUCCUCGCCGCUCUCACAUCCGAAUACUGGGAUUCCUCCUACAGGACAAUGGCAAGGCCCACGUAUGGAUGGACACGAUUCUCCGGCAGCUCAAUCAGAUUUACCACAUGCUAAGUAGAGUAACGCGCAGACAAAGAGGACUCAAGGAACAGGAGCUUCGCAGGAUUAUCGAGGCCCUUGUGUACUCCCGUGUACUGUACCAGUUUCCAUAUCUAUCCAUCACCAAGACUCAGCUCUCCAAAUUGGAAGCAGCGCUCCGAAGAUACACCAGACUAGCCCUGGGAGUACCACGAUUUGCCGCAAAUUUUCUAGUGGCCUCGACUGGUCUUUUUAACACACUUGAAGAACGUACCACUAUUUGCCGCCAAGCACAUAUUGCAAGGCUUCAAACAUCCCCCCAAGGCCGCAAGCUCCUCGAGCAUCAAGGCUACGACACCACCACCUUGCCUCCUUUUCCACCACCCCCACCCCCACCGUGGGACUCCCUACCCCGCGUCACAGUCAUGCCCAUACCUCAGCAUAUGCAUCCGGACAAACAUGCUGCCCGACGCACACAACUAGUCCAACGGAUAGACCGCGAGACACCAAGAGCGGAUACCACAUAUUACUACACAGAUGCCAGUCACAGUCCCAGCAGAAGCAUAACGGCUGUAGUAGGGCCUGGCUAUGAGCAUAUUAAUGAACACAUCAAUGUCCCGACCGCAUCCGCCGCGGAGACCCUAGCGGUUCUUGAAGCCAUCACUCGACCUCACCAUCCUACUCACCACAUUUGCAUUCGAACAGAUAGCCAGGAAACAUGCCGCAGUUUUCGUGACGGUGCGCUACCCGGACAUAUCCACAGCCUUUUGCAACGUCACCUUGACACGCAUCCCUCCCUCCAUGUUACCUUGCAGUGGAUCCCCGGACAUCAAGGCGUAGAGGAACACAACCGAGCUCAUGAGCUCACCCGCGUUACGAAUUUUCCGGGUCCUCCGUGCCUCUGGCCGUCCGACUAUGACCCCAAGGAACACCGAAAACUCUUGCACAAGGAGCGUACAUCCCUCUUAAGAGAACUACGGGCUAACACCGCCACAAUUAUCGCUCCCCCCCAAUCCCUCUCGCGGGAGGACAGCGCCAUUCUCCGCAGACUUCAGACCAAUUCGGUCGUGACUCCCCUUUUUCGCCACUAUAUCCAGGGCCUUGCCGGACGCCCGAAAUGCCCCAACUGCGGCGAAUACCCCUCUCUAGAACACUGCCUGUGGCAAUGCUCCUACAUUCAACCUACCCUCCUAUCCUCUCUUUCCUCCCUAUCUCACAGUCUCCAACCUCACUCAUGGACGGACUGGCUUAGUCCACCAACCGAUGCCCAUAUUUUCCUGCCGGCGCUCAUUCAGCACGUGAAAAACGUGUUGGGUGAGGACUGGUAG